UGAAAUGCUUUCUUGCCCGUUUUAUCCCUGUCCAACAAACUCCUGAUCACUGUUUCAUGCAUGAAAUGAAUCAACCAAUCCUUGUUUCACAUGUACUGCGUACGUCAUUGUUGACUUGACCGCUACACAUCACUCUUCCUUUCUUCUUAAAAAUUCUUUUCCAUUUCGAUCAAUUAUAUAACCAAAGUCUAUUUAAUCAAUACCCUUUUUUUAAUAUCCUAAGUAGCCAUUUUUUGUUCCCAAUAAAAUUCAACCAAAUUAUAUACAAUGGACCUUAUUUCACAAAUUUGCGCGGCGAGAAUUUCAGCCGUUGGAUUUUUCUUGCUACUCCUAUAUUCGUCGUUGAUGUGUGUUGCAAUCCGCUCCUUUCCCACCACCGACGGUGUCGCCGCCGACCUAGCCCUAACCGACCCUUUACGAUUCUUUAAGUUGCCGGCGUACCGGAAUUGUCGGUCAUCAUCGUCCCCGGCGUCAUGCAAUUGUUCAUUGGUCCACGUGGCAAUGACCCUCGACUUGGAGUACCUUCGCGGUUCAAUGGCAGCCGUCCAUUCAAUCCUCCGCCACGCGUCAUGCCCAGAGCAAAUCUUCUUCCAUUUCAUUACCGCCGAGUUGGAUGACUCAGCCAGCACCCGAGUCUUAACGCGACUUGUCCGAUCCGUAUUCCCUUGUCUGAAUUUCAAAGUCUACGUCUUCCUCCAAGGCACCAUCUUGAAUCUUAUCUCCUCCUCCGUCCGGUCUGCUUUGGAGAACCCGCUAAACUACGCCCGGAUUUAUUUGGGCGACAUGCUCGACCCGUGCGUGAAGCGGGUCAUAUACCUGGAUUCGGAUCUUGUACUGGUCGACGAUAUCUCGAAGCUGUGGGACGUUAAAAUCCCUGACGGCAAAGUGAUCGGGGCUCCGGAAUACUGCCACGCCAAUUUCACCCGGUAUUUCACCGACAAAUUCUGGUCAGACCCGGAAAUGAGGCGGGUAUUCGGGUCGAGGAAUCCGUGCUACUUCAACACAGGGGUGAUGGUGAUGGAUUUGGACAAGUGGAGGGAGGGCCGAUUCGGAAGAAAGAUUGAGAAUUGGAUGGAACUGCAGAGGAAGAACCGGAUAUACGAGCUGGGUUCUUUACCGCCGUUCUUGCUGGUUUUCGCCGGAAACGUGGAGGCGAUCGAUCACCGGUGGAAUCAGCACGGGCUGGGCGGGGACAACGUGGCGGGAUCGUGUAGGGCGUUGCAUCCUGGUCCAGUGAGCCUGCUGCACUGGAGUGGCAAGGGGAAGCCAUGGGUGAGGCUAGAUGAGAAGCGUCCCUGUCCGUUGGAUCAUGUUUGGGCGCCUUACGAUCUCUACAAAGGGGGGAAACUGGAGAGUUUGAUUAAUGAAGACGGGGAAUGCCUGAUGGCUCAGUUUACGUGUUCUUCCUUUCUUCUUCUUCUUUUUUCUGAUGCUACACCAAAGUACCCAUACAUUUCUCACACGUAGAAAUUCGUCUUAUAAGUAUCACUGUCCGUUCAACUGUCCUAAUCAGAAUUGUGUUUCUCGCUGGACAAGUGGUUUUGUGACCUAUGUCAGGGAUCUCGUGACCCCAAAGGCUAUUUUGAUUAUUGGUAUUAUUCAAUGCCCACUGCAUUAUGGUUCGUGUAACAAAAUAGUAUACGAUGAAUGAACAACAGUAUAAAUUCUGGAACGUGUUUAGCGAUCAGCAGAAAAUCGAAGAAAAUAAAGACUACAAAAAAAAAAAAAAAA